AACUCUUUACAGAAACAGAUCUGAGCUGCGCAGCGGAGUCAGUGUCAUGGCGGUCAGCAUCAUGUCGGCUUGUUGUCGAGCGUCUGUUCCGUCUCUCUACCUCCUUGCCUGCUUCCUUCAGGUCCUCAUCCAAGGACAAGUGUUUCAGGCUCCUCAGACCCACGACGUGUUCCUGCGGUCCAAGCGGGCCAACCUGUUCCUGCUGGAGGAGAUCCUGCAGGGGAACCUGGAGCGGGAGUGUUACGAGGAGCUGUGCAGCUACGAGGAGGCCCGCGAGUACUUCGAAGACAACGACAAGACGAUCGCCUUCUGGACCGUUUACCACGAUGGGGACCAGUGUCAGCCCAACCCCUGCCUCUAUGGAGGGAACUGCACCGACAAAGUGGGGGGGUUCCACUGCUCCUGCGCUGCCCCCCACUACGGACCGGUCUGCGAACGGCGAGAAGGACAACAGCCGCCCACCGCGUCACAAACCACCAGAGCAGAAAUCUCUGAGUGUUUGACUGAAGGCCCAACAGCUUGUCACCAGCUGUGCACGGCAUCGUACAACACCUUCACCUGCUCCUGCAUGUCGGGAUUCAAACUACAGGCCGACCGACGCAGCUGCCUGCCUAACGUGAAGUUUCCUUGUGGACGACUUCCUGACAAGUUCAACACGACUGCCUCAAUGUGUCACCUGGGAAACUGUCCCUGGCAGGUGUCCCUGCUGAACAACAGAAAGGUGGAGCUGUGUGCCGGCGUGGUGCUGGGUCAGCGCUCUGUCCUGACCGCCGCCCGCUGCCUCUUCCUGGACUCAGAAUCCGACCUCCGACCCUCCAACUUCUACGUGGUCACCGGCGAUAAGAAGACGAUCGUCCCUGUCCGGGCUUUGUACGUCCACGACCGUUUCCGUGCAGAUCACCACGAAAACGACCUCGCCCUCCUCGAGCUGGCCGGCCCCCUGCCCUUUAGCCCCACCCUCAUCCACCUCUGCCUGCCCCCCAAGGACUUCAGCGAAAACAUCCUGAUGCGUUCUGGGAGGACGGGCAUCGCCGAGAGACGGGGGGCCGGUCGGACACAGAAGUUGGUCUACAUGACGCUGGACGAGUGUCGCAGUCUGCUGACUGUUUCGCAUCCGCUCAGCAACAAAAUGUUCUGCAUGAGGAGGCAGAAUGGACCUUUAGGGAACCAAAGCAGAGUCCAGAGGAACCCAAAUGUAGCUUUAGGGAACCAAAGCAGAGUCCAGAGGAACCCAAAUGGACCCUUAGGGAACCAAAACAGAGCCCAGAGGAACCCAAAUGUAGCUUUAGGGAACCAAAACAGAGCCCAGAGGAACCCAAAUGUAGCUUUAGGGAACCAAAAUAGAGCCCAGAGGAACCCAAAUGUAGCUUUAGGGAACCAAAACAGAGCCCAGAGGAACCCAAAUGUAGCUUUAGGGAACCAAAGCAGAGUCCAGAGGAACCCAAAUGUAGCUUUAGGGAACCAAAACAGAGACCAGAGGAGGCUGAAUGAACAUACAGUAAACCAGAACCAGAAUCAAACCCAAAACGGUCAAAAUGGAACAGAAAACUAUAACAGCAGGAGUUCAAAGAAUCACAAGCCCUCAGAAGGAAACAGCAGCUCGAGGUCAGAGGUCAGCGGCGGGCGAUGUGGCGGUGUGUUGCCGGGGACGCCCGUUGCCACAGUGCAGCAAGGGACGGUGUUUCUGACUGGGCUGCUGAUCUCAUCAUCCGCAGGCUGCGAUGGCGGCGGUCUGGUGUUCACCAAACUUUCCCGCUACCUGAGCUGGAUCAGACCGAGGCUGGAGGCAGCCGAGGAUAACAUGACCCCCCAAGUCAGCCAGGAUCCUGAGUAUCGCUAACAACCCGCCCACCACCGCCAUCUUUAAAACUUUUUUUUUUUUUUUUUAAAGGUCGACAACUUUUCAUCAUAAAACUUCACGUUACCAAACUCCUGGUUUCAGCUCCUUACAAACAUUUUCCAAAGUGAACGAUAUUCCCCACAGCAGGCCUGUCCCUGGUUCACUGGUCCACGCAUGUGGUCCCAGCAGAACCCGAGUCUGGCACCAAAGCUGUGAGCAUCGGAGGGAUUUACAGUUUGGACUGAUCUCACAAUGUGUUUUAUUAACUUCCUGUUUAGAAGAGGACGCGGCAAAAAGACAGAAACAUACAGACGAUAAACCCCGAUUUUAUAACUAUAUUUCAAAAGUAAACUGUAGUGUGAUGAAAUGUAUAAAACUUUGCCACUAAAAGUUUGUUUUAAAGUUGA